GCGACGCUCGGGGCCGGCGGUUUCCCAGGCGAUGGGUGGGGAGAGGAGGAGGAGGAGGAGGAAGAGGAGGAGGAGGGGUCCUCGCGGCUUUAUCUCCCACCCGGCUCCGCCCGCCGUCGGCUGUCUCCCGUGACCGCAGCGCACCGGCGGGCGCAGCGCGGGCAGGGCAGCGCCCAUGGGCUGCGGCAACUCCACGGCCGGCAGCGCGGGCGGGCGAGGUGCUACAGGGACUACUAAAGAUGUAACAGAAGAAUCCAUAUCAGAUGAUGACAAAAGGAGGAACUAUGGAGGGGUGUACGUGGGCCUGCCAUCAGAUGCGGCUGCCAUGGCUCCCAGUCAGACGAAAGCUGCACCCAAAGGUACUGGCAGAUUAGAAGGAAAUAAAGACAUCAAGAUGCAAGCAACCCGAGUCUAUUAAGAACAGUUGCCAGUGCUUUGGAGAGAGCUGUCUUUUGCUGAAGAUUUUGAUAUUUACACAGCCUUCCAGAGAGCAGGAGAGAUCAGAGCACCAAAAAAUCCAAACUGUUCCAAGUUCCAACAACGGGUAAAGCUUAAAGUACAGCGUUGAAUUCCUUUCCAGUGAUAGUUGCAUUACGGAAACCUCCCGCUGUUCUCCAGUGAAAGAUGAAAUUAGUGAACUCAUCGUGGAUGUUUCUGUUCAAGAGCUAACUUUGAUGAUCUGCAACUUAUUUCUCUGUGGCCAUAUUGCAGAUUCCAUCAGCUAUCAGCUAUGCUUCAUAUAUUUCCUCAAAAAAGUUUGAUAGAUUUUAUAUAGAAAACCAUCACUACUGUCCACUCAAUAGUUUCUAUG